AUGGCGAGGUUGUUCUGGAGGGGUUCGGCCCUCUUCAGGCCCUCUGUAGCUACCCUCACUACACUCGGUGUUCUUGGAACCACAUACCACACCACUGGAGUUGCCCAUGCGGAUAAUAACGGCGCUUUGGAGGAAAACUCCGCCUAUCUUGGAGUUUCUCAAACAACCUCGAGGAGGCGUACAGCAAUUGAGCCUUUUCCUUUUGGAAAAAAUAGGGAUGUGAUCUGGACGCACCCACAAGCUUCUGCAUUCAGUGCUACAGUCGAAGGAGACACAGGUAUUGCGCGGAUAGACUCGCUCACCUUGUCCAAUAAAGCAUGGUCGGAAGAUUUCGUUGCGCUGAGAUCUGUGUCGGUGUCGGGUCUCACGAAGGACGCCCUGUCAACUAACUGGUCCCUCGUCUCCCUCACAAACGGGUUCAGUGGCAGUCGAAUCAGUCUCGAGCUAAGUAAAAUAAUCAAUAACGCCGUUCUCGACGGUCUCACAACCAACCUCCACGAAUAUGUAAAACCCAAUAGCGAAACUGAAUUCACCGACGUCGAGACUUCCCCAUAUCCAACAGAGCCUUACGAAGAAGCCGUCAAUCGGAUAAUUAAGAGUUACUUCGUGGCGAUAGACACCGCCUUCACAGAAGACCCCUUGAAAGAGGCAUUAUCCUCUGGGAAGAAAGCAGAUGCUAUCCGUCCACAAUCCGUUGCGCUGAGCGGCUGCUCAGCAAUACUCUCCCUCUACGACUCCUCCGCUAAGCAGCUACGAAUAGCACUCACUGGCGAUUCGCGGGCGCUUCUCGGCCGCCCCCUGAAAAACAAAGAUGGGAGCAAAUCAUAUGAGGUGCACGUCCUCACCGCCGAUCAGACAAUCCAGCCAUCAUCACCUCAUGCCUCCGUCAUCGCCCAAGCUAAGCUGCCCCACCCCGUAUCCCGCGCUUUCGGUGUCGCUUCUCUUAAAUGGGGGCGUGAGAUCCAGCAACGGUUGCACGAAGAAUACCUUGGAGAUCGUCCGUUCCUACCCACCACCACCGCAGAGCCACCAUAUAUCACAGCAGAGCCAGUGAUCACCUCGAUCUCAAUCAAGCCGGGGGAUUUUCUCGUCUUGGGGUCCGCAGGACUUUGGAAAAGCUUGACGAACGAAGAAAUUGUAGGCCUCCUGGGGGUCUGGGUCGACCGCGGGAUGAUAAACGCUGAUACCAAUGUUGUGGAAAGGUUAUCAUCCUCCGAACUUCUCAAUCCCAGGGACUUACCUGUUGCUGGGAGGUCGGCCAAGGUGGUUAAGGGUGACUCAGACGAUGGUACAACUAUGUACCGCCGCUGGCGAACAAAGAAACAGUUCGUCUGCGUUGACCAUAACGCUGGACUUCAUCUCGCAAGAAACGCUCUCGGAGGCUCAGAUCAAGAUCUGACAGCCGCUCUGCUCAGCAUGUCGCCUCCGCGGGCGGCUUUGUUUCGGGACAACAUUAGCGCUACAGUCGUGUUCUUUGACGACUAG